AAGAAGAGUUGGUUUAGGACAAGCUUGGCUGGUCAUGGAGAGAGGAAACAGCCAGUGGUACGACCAGGAUGCUGCAGACCGUCGUCGUGCAGGGGACGGGGCGAGGUAGGGCAUUUACUUGAGUAUGACUUUUCUCCCUCUGUGGACUGUGGAUUUAGCCACACGGCUUCCUUGACUCCAACCAGCGGUGCGUUCAGCAGGACGCGACGUUAUGGAAAGUUCAGAUAGAAAUAGGCUAUGUAGAACAAACAUGCCUCUGAUUUGUAGAAUAAGGAAUCACAUCAGCUCUAGUCAUUGCAUUUCUAUCUGCAACAUUCAACAACGUUUGGUUGCUGAACGUGGCCCAGGAUUAGUCAUGGCCUCCAUGUCUAACUCCAUUACCAGAGGGAGUGGAACCAUCUCCAGAUCAUGGCCUAUUGGCCUUGAGUCUUCCUGGUUCAUACAGCUAUACAUCUAUUAAUAGGGUUGGCUACACUUCCAGGAUUACACGCUAGUUUACUUGCUAGCUAGUUACAUUGGAGGUUGUCAUCUGGGCGGUGUGCUGCAGCUAAACGAAUAUAAGGGACAUCAUAUAAAUAUUUCUGUGGGGGGAAACGCUGUUGUAUGACAAUGUGAAUUACUUUAGUGGACUACAAUUUCCCUUAUACAACUUCUAGCAUGCAAGAAAUCGGUUGCUUGACUUUGUGUUAAUCCCUUGCAUUUCAUUGGCUGUUGCAUUUCGAAAAAUUGUAUUCUGUGAUUUGGGCCUCACUUGCUCCAUGUCACGUUUGGCUGCAGUACAGUGGAUUCAUUGAGACACUCCAGAAUUCUCGUCUCAAACCUGGCAGACAGGCAGCAAACCUCUCUCUCUCUCUUUUUUGGAAGGCCUCCACAACAAACAGUGUAGUCAGCAGUCCUGUAUGACUGGCUGCCAGCCAACGCUCAAAAAGCACAUGCUACAAAAUGUGUUACGUGGCAGGGCCUGCGAGUUCAACCGUCACCAUCUAAGCGUACACAUUCCGUACCACAGACAGGACCUGUUCGAUCAGAUUCUAUUGGCUUCCUCCUUUUCAUGAUCGGAAAAACACAAUGACAGGCACGAUCUAAUUGUCAGAGAUUCUUCAAUGAGGUGGAAAGGUUGAAAUGUAUGUUUUUACUGUAAUGGCUAUACAUAACAUGCUCUAUACCAGGGAUCAUCAACUAGAUUGAGCCGCUGGCUAUUUUAUUUUCUUGAGCAGAUGGUCGGGGAGCCCAAACAAAUAUAUUUGACUAAAACAUAAUCACUUCAAACCUUGCUUACAUUUGUAUACGAUCACAUGUCUAUUAUACGUGAGAAUAAUUGAACAGAUUUCCAAAAAUUCACUUGUAGCUGAUUUCCUAGUGUUUUUAGUCUUAUGUUCAAGAAUGAAAAUUCAACACUGUGCUACUAGUGCUGCUAGUUGGGGAACCCUGCUCUAUAUUUUAUAACUAGAUUAUCGGCAGCCUAAAGGGAAACCAUAAAGCGUUUUACCCUGUGCUCCUGGAACAGGGAGAAGCGUUUAACUAUUGGGAAGUUGUGCAGGUUAUUGUUUGCCAACUAGGUGAUUUGUCAGCCGGUGACGUAGCUGUCACAGGUUGUGUGAUGUAAGUAGUUUUCCAGUCAACUCAUUGUUUUAUUGCCCAUGACUUUUUAUUUAUUUAUUUAUUUAUACAACAUCUGAUAUAGCCUAGACCUAAUGGUUUUUGAAAGCACUGUGUGCCUGUGGUAUAAUUGGAAGUUCAUACAUUUAGUGAGUGGCAUAUUGGCAAUUGGUGACCGCUCAUGUAGCUAAGCCUAAGGAUAUAUGUCCUGAAGGAACCAAUGCAGGUAAAGUCUAGAGUAGACGGUGGUAGAUAGACAAUGCUGGUAUGCUGUGUCUGUCACCAACGGUUCUUUUUUGAUACCGGUUUUCUAAACAGGACUCACUUGGCAGGAAUAAGAGUUGCGUGUGUAUCAAGCGUGGGCGGCCGUCGAACAUAUUUUAUUAAAUCCCUUUUCGAGGAAAUGACAUCUAGUGUAAUGGGGGGUGGGGCGAUGAGAGUAAACCCAUCAGACCAAUUAUUUUGAAUGGUCAACUCUUGAACUAUUGCUCAACAUAUUUAUUUCCUCUUAAUGGUGUGUACAUUACUGUAUUUAUACUCGGCAUGUUGUUUUUCAACAGGAAAAGUUCCAAAAUAGCUGGAGUGUGUCUUUUUUACAAAGAACAGUGGAGGGUAAACAUUGAGUCAGUCGUUCACCUCGAGUCUGUUCUUCUGCCCAAACUUCUCUAUGGACAGCUACUAGUGAGUCUGACUGGGGUUCUCUUUUUGAGAACUUUUGAAUGAGUAUAUUCAUGUGCUACACAUCACGUGGUACUGUACUGUACUGUAGUAGACCCAUAGCCUAGGGAGUUGAAGCUCCACACUCGCUAGUCAAAGAGAAGGGCUUGAUGAGGUGCUUUUGAGCAGCUCUCUGACAUCACCACACACUUGAGGCCUUCGUGGACCCCUUCCGAAAUUGACCUGGGGCUUUCCCACCCGGUCCCGAUAUGCAUAAAUUAAUUUUCAAAAUAUAGAGACCCGUUUCAAACGGACCCGAGGACAACUAGACCCGUUCCGUAUAGAACUGGUUGGAUCCAGGUCUGAUCCGAGUGAGAGAAGUCCAUUUUUAAGCUACUUUAUUAAUCGGAGCUGAUAAAGCGUGAGGGAGAGGUAGAGAGAGGUGAUGCUUUAGCAGGGGCCAUGCUGUGUGUGUAGGCUACUGUGAGUGACACAAACCGGGAGAUCUAGACGAGGGACAACCACCAACCAAGCAGACCCUCUAUAGUAGACUAAUAGCUGCCAUAGCUAGGUUAUUUAUCACCAAUAUGAUUACGUAGUAAGUCUUGACAGCAUCAAACCAGGAGAAGCUAGCUAGGCUAAUCGAGGUAUGCACUUUCUCGUCUUACACAGUUACAAACAACAACCCAUUUUUAAUUCCAUCUUCCAUUGAUUUAGAUAUCUCCUAACUUUUGCCCCACACGGAUGCUCUAUGACUGGAGCUUAUUGCUGCUUUGACUUCUGAUUGGCCAACGACAAACUACACGCACCUUUCUCAUGAAAAGCAAGCGCAGCCGCAUAAACUAUUACAUUUCUCGCUCUACUGCAGCAGUAGUGUUUGGAUCUGUACCAGUCCUUCCGGACAAGUCCGUUAAAAUUACACACACCCGAGAACCGUGACAAUCAGAUCUGACCCAGAUCCGUGACAUUAUUAGAUGUCUUGAUCCGGACCUGCUCGGGUCUGGUUCGAGUCUCUGGUAUUCGGGUACGGGUGGAUCCGUAAAGACCUCUCACACACCUCCCUAUGGUUUCUCAUACUUUCCCUGAACUGGAUGUUUUCAAGCUAAACAAGAUCCACAGGCUAGCCUAUAUAAAAAGGAUCCAUAGGUCAUUCAUUUCCACUCUGAGCUAGUGGAACCUUUUUUUAAAGUACGGGAAGGGCUUGUUUUACAUGUCCCCACCUGUGCAUUACGCCACUAAGAGCAGGAGGCGUGGGCCCUUAGGCUGACGUCACCCACUGCGAAGUGUCACACCAUUUUCAACACAAAGCCACUUCCUUUAGGUAAUAGAAAAAAUGCUUUCACUUGAAGGAGGUGGCCAGACUGAACUGGUUCAGAAGUCACUCAGAAAAACCAUUCCAUCAUAGCAGGAAGACUUUUUUUAUUUUCUUUUACCAUUUGUUUUAGUUGUGUGUGUUGUUUUUGACUGACGGCAAAUGAUGGAUUGAAGUCAGUGGAUCUACAGUGCGUUUCUAUUCUGAUAAGGAGGUCUUGCUAUGAAUAGGUAUAUGAGUUUUCGGUCAUCUGGGAGACUGCGUCUGAACGGGUAAGACUUUAGACGGCAGUUUGUGCUAAUUUGGUUGUAAAAUACUCUUCAGGCAAAUUAUUUGGACUGCUGCAUAGACAUUCACGUUUCAGGUUGAGACCUGUUUUGUCAUGUUGCGUAGAGCUUUGUCUAGUGUGUUGUAGCCUAAAUUCAUUCAUUUCAAUUUUAUGUUCCAUUUCUGUCCUGUGAAAAGAAUAUCAACUCUGUCUAUGAUAUACUUUUGUAUCUCCUUCAUUGGAUUAGACUUGAGCUAGCGUACAUUUUGAAAUGGAAUUGAUUGGAGAUGUUUACUGCACUCAUAUGGCCUAUAUGGGUGAUUUUCACAACUGGCACUUGACAAAAAGUUGACAAAGAAAUAUAUAUAAUUCCUUUUGGGUCACUAAGAUUAGGAUCUGUAUUUGUCUAUUUAAUAAUGUUUAUUGAUUAGAUAUUAGGCAUUUUACCACAAUUUCCACAACUACCAACGCAAAAGUUUUCAUUCUCAUAUUUUACAUUGCUCACCUAAUGAAAAGACUGAAAACUAAUAGAUUUAAAAUUAAAUUAUUAAUGUAGUUAUUACCAUAAGGUUUUGCAUUUAGGCCAAAAAUGUUAUUCCUUUUGGCGUGUUUUCUUGCAAUAUAACUUUAGUGCCUUGUUGCAUACAGGAUGCGUGUUUUAGAAUAUUAGUAUUCUUUGUUCUUCUUUUCACGCUGUCAUUUAGGUCAUUAUUGUGGAGAAACUACAAUUUGUUCCAUCUUCAGUUUUCUCACGUCACAGCCAAUGAACUCUGUAGCUGUUUUAAAAUGACUAAUGACCUUAUGGUGACAUCUCUGAGCAAUUUCCUUCCUGUCCUGCAGAACAGUUCAGAAGACUGUCUGGGUGGGUUAAUAAAUCAUCCACAGCUUGACCAUGCUUAGAGAUAUUCAAUGUCUGAUUUUUGUUAUUCUUACAAAUCACUGCCCUUCUUUGAGGCUUUUGAAAAGCUUCCUGGUCUUUUGUAGUUGAAUCUGUGCUUCAAUACUUGACUGAGGGACCGUAUGUAUGUAUGUAUGUGUGUGUGUGUGUGUGUGUGUGUGUGUGUGUGUGUACUCAUUAAAAAUCAUGUUAACCCCUAUUAUUUCACACAGUGAUUCCAUGUAACUUAUUAUGUGAUUUGUUAAACCACAUUUUACUCCUCAACUAAUUUAGGCUUGCCUAAACGAAGGAUGUGAAUACUUAUGCAAUUACUAUUUUAGUUAAUUUUUAUUAAUUUGUAAACAUUAAAUCCAUUUCAAUCCCACUUCGUAACGCAACAAAAUGUGAAAAAAAUCCAAAGGAGGUGAAUACUUAUGGUACCCACUGUACAUGGUGUUCAUACAGUGAAUACUUGAUACCCACUGUAAAUGGGGUUUAUACAGUGAAUACUUGAUACCCACUGUAAAUGGGGUUUAUACACCCAUAUUUCUUGACAACCCCUACUUUAUCAAAUAACAGAUUUUUUUUAAACAAAAACUCUAUAAAGAAAAUUGUAUUUAUUAGGGAUCCCCAUUAGCUGUUGCCAAGGCAGCAGCUACUCUUCCUGGGGACCAAACAUAUUAAAGCACUUACAUUACAUAUAAAACAAAAUAUAACAUUAUUACACCACUACAUAUCUACAAUACAAAUGUUUUAAUACCACCAUACAACAAUAUGCAUGUGUCUGUACGUUUUUGUGUGUCUCUUCACAGUCCCCGUUGUUCCAUAAGGUGUAUUUUAUGUAUUUAUUUUUAAUCUGAUUCUACUGCUUGCAUCAGUUACCUGAUGUGGAAUAGAGCUCCAUGUAGUCAUGGCUCUAUGUAGUACUGUGCGCCUCCCAUAGUCUGUUCUGAAAUUGGGGACUGUGAAGAGACCUCUGGUGGCAUGUCUUGUGGGGUAUGCAUGGGUGUCGGAGCUGUGUGCUAGUAUUUUAAACAGACAGCUCGGUACAUUCAGCUUGUCAACACCUCUUACAAAAACAAGUAGUGAUGAAGUCAAUCUCUCUUCCACUUUGAGCCAUGAGAGAUUGACAUGCCUGUCAUUAAUGUUAGCUCUCCGUGUACAUUUAAGGGCCAGCCAUGCUACCCUGUUCUGGACCCUCUUUGUGGCACCUGACCACACUACUGAACAGUAGUCUAGGCGUGACAAAACUAGGGCCUGUAGGACCUGCCUUGUUGAUAGUGUUGUUAAGAAGGCAGAUUUAUGGACAGACUUCUCCCCAUCUUAGUUACUGUUGAGCUAAACCACUUCUAUGCUCGCUUCGAGGCAAGCAACACUGAAGCAUGCAUGAGAGCACCAGCUGUUCCGGAUGACUAUGUGAUCACGCUCUCCGUAGCCGAUGUGAGUAAGACUUUUAAGCAGGUCAACAUUCACAAGGCCGCAGGGCCAGACGGAUUACCAGGACGUGUACUCCGAGCAUGUGCUGACCAACGGGCAAGUGUCUUCACUGACAUUUUCAACAUGUCCCUGACUGAGUCUGUAAUACCAACAUGUUUCAAGCAGACCACCAUAGUCCCCGUGCCCAAGGACUCUAAGAUAACCUGCCUAAAUGACUACCGACCCGUAGCACUGACGUCUGUAGCCAUGAAGUGCUUUGAAAGGCUGGUCAUGGCUCACAUCAACAUCAUUAUCCCAGAAACCCUAGACCCACUCCAAUUUGCAUACCGCCCCAACAGAUCCACAGAUGAUGCAAUCUCUAUUGCUCUCCACACUGCCCUUUCCCACCUGGACAAGAGGAACACCUACGUGAGAAUGCUAUUCAUUGACUACAGCUCAGCAUUCAACACAGCUCAGCAUUCAACACCAUAGUGCCCUCUAAGCUCAUCACUAAGCUAAGGAUCCUGGGACUAAACACCUCCCUCUGCAACUGGAUCCUGGACUUCCUGAUGGGCCGCCCCCAGGUGGUAAGGGUAGGUAACAACACAUCUGCCACACUGAUCCUCAACACGGGGGCCCCUCAGGGGUGCGUGCUCAGUCCCUUCCUGUACUCUCUGUUCACCCAUGACUGCAUGGCCAGGCACGACUCCAACACCAUCAUUAAGUUUGCCGACGACACAACAGUGGUAGGCCUGAUCACCGACAACGAUGAGACAGCCUAUAGGGAGGAGGUCAGAGACCUGGCCGUGUGGUGCCAGGACAACAACCUCUCCCUCAACAUGACCAAGACAAAGGAGAUGAUUGUGGACUACAGGAAAAAAAAGAGGACUGAGCACGCCCCCAUUCUCAUCGACGGGGCUGUAGUGGAACAGGUUGAGAGCUUCAAGUUCCUUGGUGUCCACAUCACCAACGAACUAUCAUGGUCCAAACACACCAAGACAGUCGUGAAGAGGGCACGACAAAGCCUAUUCCCCCUCAGGAGACUGAAAAGAUUUGGCAUGGGUCCUCAGAUUCCUCAAAAAAUUAUACAGCUGCACCAUCGAGAGCAUCCUGACUGGUUGCAUCACCGCCUGGUAUGGCAACUGCUUGGCCUCCGACCGCAAGGCACUACAGAGGGUAGUGCGUACGGCCCAGUACAUCACUGGGGCCAAGCUUCCUGCCAUCCAGGACCUCUAUACCAGGCGGUGUCAGAGGAAGGCCCUCAAAAUUGUCAAAGGCUCCAGCCACCCUAGUCAUAGACUGUUCUCCCUGCUACCGCACUGCAAGCGGUACCGGAGUGCCAAGUCUAGGUCCAAAAGACUUCUCAACAGCUUCUACCCCCAAGCCAUAAGACUCCUGAACAGCUAAUCAUGGCUACCCGGACUAUUUGCACUGCCCCCCCACCCCAUCCUUUUUACGCUGCUGCUACUCUGUUAAUUAUUUAUGCAUAGUCACUUUAACUCUACCCACAUGUACAUAUUACUUCAACUAUCUCAACUAGCCGGUGCCCCCGCACAUUGACUCUGCACCGGUACCCCCCUGUAUAUAUAGCCUCCCUACUGUUAUUUUAUUUUACUUCUGCUCUUUUUUUCUCAACACUUUUUUAGUUGUUUUAUUUUUACUUUUUUUGUUAAAAAUAAAUGCACUGUUGGUUAAGGGCUGUAAGUAAGCAUUUCACUGUAAUGUCUGCACCUGUUGUAUUCGGCGCAUGUGACCAAUAUAAUUUGAUUUGUUGUAUCAAAAUGUUUUGACCAUGACAGUUUACAAUCCAUGUUUGCUCCAAGCAGUUUAGUCACCUCUACUUGCUCAAUUUCCACAUUAUUCACUACGAGAUGUAGUUGAGGUUUAGGGUUUAGUGAAUGAUUUGUCCCAAAUACAAUGCUUUUAGUUUUGGAAAUAUUUAGGACUAACUUAUUUUUUGCUACCCAUCCCGAAACUAACUGCAGCUCUUUAAGUGUUGCAGUUAUUUCAGUUGCUGUAGUAGCUGACGUGUAUAGUGUUGAGUCAUCUGCAUACAUACACACUGGCUUUACUCAAAGCAUGUCGUUAGUAAUGAUGGGAAAAAAGUAAGGGGCCUAGACAGCUACCCUGGGGAAUUCCUGAUUCUACCUGGAUUAUGUUGGAAAGGCUUCCAUUAAAGAACACCCUCUGUGUUCUGUUAGACAAAUAACUCUUUAUCCACAAUAUAGCAGGGGCUGUAAAGCCAUAACACAUACGUUUUUCCAGCAGCAGACUAUGAUCGAUAAUGUCAAAAGUUGCACUGAAGUCUAACAAGACAGCCCCCACAAUAAUCAUCAUCAAUUUAUCUCAGCCAAUCAUCAGUCAUUUGUGUAAGUGCUGUGCUUGUUGAAUGUCCUUCCUUUAUAAGCAUGCUGAAAGUAUGUAAGUUUGUUUACUGUGACAUAGCAUUGUCUCUGGUCAAACACCAUUUUUUCCAGAAGUUUACUAAGGGUUGGUAACGGGCUGAUUGGUCGACUAUUUGAGCCAGUAAAGGGGGCUUUACUAUUCUUCGGUAGUGGAAUGACUUUAGCUUCCCUCCAAGCCUGAGGGCACACACUUUCUAGUAGGAUUAAAUUGAAGAUGUGGCAAAUAGGAGUGGCAAUAUCGUCCGCUAUUAUCCUCAGUAAUUUUCCAUCCAGAUUGUCAGACCCCGGUGGCUUGUCAUUGUUGAUAGACAACAAUUUUUUUCACCUCUUCCAAACUGAUUUUACGGAAUUCAAAAGUACAAUUCUUGUCUUUUCAUAAUUUGGUCAGAUAUACUUGGAUGUGUAGUGUCAACGUUUGUUGCUGGCAUGCCUAUCCUAAGUUUGCUAAUCUUGCCAAUGAAAAAAUAAUUAAAGUAGUUGGCAUUAUCAGUUGGUUUUGUGAUGAAUGAGCCAUCUGAUUCAAUGAAUGAUGGAGCUGAGUUGUCGUUUUUUCCCCCAAAAUGUCAUUUAAGGUGCUCUAAAGCUUUUACUAUCAUUCUUUAUAUAAUUUAUUUUUAGUUUAGUCACAUGAUUUCUUAAUUUGCAGUACAUUUGCCAAUCAGUUGGGCUGCCAGACUUAUUUGCCAUACCUUUUGCCUCAUCCCUAUCAACCAUAAACAUUUUCAACUCCUCAUCAAUCCAAGGGGAUUUAACAGUUUUUAGUGAUUUUCUUAAUGGGUGCAUGCUUAUUAGUAACUGGAAUAAAUGUGUCUGGUUGCUCCUCAUUACACACCACAGACCAGCAAAUAUGAUUUACUUCAUCAACAAAUGAAUCACUACAAAACUUAUUGUAUGACCUCUUAUACACUAUAUUAGGCCCAGCCUUUGGAACUUUGGUUUUCCUAGAUAUGGCUGCUAUAUUGUGAUCACUACAUCCUAUUGAUUUGGAUACUGCUUUAAAGCACAUUUCUGCAGCAUUAGUAAAGAGGUGCUCAAUACAUGUUGAUUUAAUUCCUGUGCUUUUUGUAAAUACCCUGGUAGGUUGACUGACAACCUGAACCAGGUUGCAGGCACUGGUUACAGUUUGAAGUUUUUUCUUGAGUGGGCAGCUUGAGAGCCAGUCCAAUAUUUAAAUCACCCAGGAAAUAUACUUCUCUGUUGAUAUCACAUACAUUUAUCAUGCAUUUUCACAGAUGUUAUCCAGUUACUGACUGUUAGCACUUGGUGGUCUAUAGCAGCUUCCCACCAGAAUGGGCUUUAGGUGAGGCAGAUGAACCUGUAGCCAUAUUACUUCAACAGUAUUUAACAUGAGAUCCUCUCUAAGCUUUACAGGAAUGUGGUUCUGAAUAUAGACCGCAACACCGCCCCUGUUGGCAUUUGUCUUUUCGGGUAGAUGUUAUAACCAUGUAUUGCUACCACUGUAUCAUCAAAGGUAUUAUCCAAGUGAGUUUCAGAGAUAGUCAGAAUAUAAAUGUCAUCUGUUACAAGCAAGUUAUUGACUUCAUGGACCUUGUUUCUCAGGCUGCAUAUGUUUAAUAUGGGCUAUUUCUAGCACUUUUCUGGGUUGCUUGAUUUGAUUUUAAUGCUUUACUGGGAAGCUUAUCAGAAGUAGACUUGCUCAUGUAAUUUAUAUUGGCGCUGAUAGUGCAGGGUGAGCUGCACACAAUGGUCUUCCUACUAAGGCACACUGCCUCAGUGCUAACAGUGUAACUCUGGUUCAUAGGCUCAUAAUAAUAAUAAUAAUAUGCCAUUUAGCAGACGCUUUUAUCCAAAGCGACUUACAGUCAUGCGUGCAUACCUUUUUUAUGCGUAUGGGUGGUCCCGGGGAUCGACCCACUACCUUGGCGUUACAAGCGCCGUGCUCUACCAGCUGAGCUACAGAGGACCUCAUGAUUACUGCAUACAGUAGCUUUAGGAUCAACAGAGGUAUUCAGGGCAAUGGGUGUAAGCAGUGGUCCUAGUCAAUAAUUAGUUACCAGCACCGUACACCCAUUGACUAUACUUUAGAAUUAGCUUAUUAUCAUUACCAAGAUUAAGGUUCUACUUGCCGAAACUGACCUAAAAAUGUAUUUUGGUAAUGAGGCCCUUCAAUCUGCAAGUAAUAGGAGACAGCCAUUAUGAGUCAGCAAACAAUUGACCCAAUCACUAAAGGCCAUUCAUGCCUCCAUGUUGGUAAGUUAAUGGUACUUUUUUCCCAAUUUUACUUUUUAGUAAUUUCGGUAAUGAGAAGGUAAAGGGGGUAUUUGAGAACCUCAUUCUGAAGGCAUAUAAGUGAAGAAAUUAAAUUAACUUUUGCUCAUCGAAGGACUACUCCUAGAUUGAUGCACCAUGGGUGAAUAAAACUUUAUUGAAAAAAUGAUUGGAGUUUUUUUACAGCAACUUUAAAAAGUGUUAUGUUAAUUAGAAACAUGUCCACAGACUCUUUACGUAAUAAAUAUUAGUUUUAAUGUAAACUUCAACUAUUUUAACAUCUGAUUUAUGCACAAACUACAGCAACCUAUUGGCCCUCAUUUACAUAUUUGUAGAUAACCCCACCCACCUUUAGGCUGGCUGUAACUUUCCACAGUAUGGAAUUUCUUAUCUUUAACAGUUUCUAGCCUCCCUUCCCUGUUAGUGGUUUCAUAAGUUGCUGUCUUCUAUCUUGUCUGAAAAGGUUAGUCACACAUAUUUAAUGGAUUAUUGUCUUAUAAUUCUAACCCAGUUCACACAGUUAUACAGUAUCGGGGUGGAAUAUUUUUGUCAUUACAUUAAACAUACAAAUUCAUCUCUCUCUUUAGCCCCUCAAACAUCGGUGGCUUAAGAUUGAUGGAAAAUAGGUUGAUCUGUUUUGCUCUGUCACUGAACCCUUCUGGUCCUGUCUUCAGCUACCAGGUGGAGAGUGGGGGAUUGUCUGUGAAGAAGGCAAGUAAGAGCAAGACUGUGGAGAAGACCAGGAAAGCCCUGAGUCUGGAGGAGGCCCAACUGGAGCUGCUGCAGCAGAGCAGAACUCUCACCAGACAAGCCCCGGUCAGGUAACUACACUGACACUGUGCAACCAUGUAGACUCAAGACUUGGGCCUUUUUCAUAGUCGCAUAAACAUACCUGUUUGUUUUCUCUUUUAAAGCUAAGGCCUCUGUGUGACUGUUGGUCUGUCAGGAACCUGCUAAAGCCACAGACUUCACAAGUAACGUCAUGCUGAUGAUCUCUGUCUUCCACAGGUCUCAGACGUUCGAUGUGGACAGACGGUUGGAGAGGACUGUAAGCAUCGGUUUACAAAGUGUACGUUCACCACUGACUUUUUGACACUGUUUAUGGUUGGGAUGGCUACAAUCCGCUGCUUUACUUUAUCAAGUUUUCAAGACUUCUCAGUAACAUGGUUGAUUUAGUAAUGCUUUUCCUCUUCUGUUCUACAGAGUUUUAUAAAGCACAACAAAACAUUCCACAAGCUGUUUCCUGACAUUCCAGAGAGUGAAGACUUGCUACAUGGUAAGUGAAGUUUUGAAUAUUCUCUGUGGCCAAAGGUGGCUCUCCAAACGAAAUGUGACCCUUGUGCCAAAUAGUCAUGUCAUGGAAACGGCUAGUCAUGCUUCUCACAAAGUCAUAAUCGCAAAAACCAUGAGCGGUGACUUAAAAAAAAAAAAAACUAAUCGUUCAAACGAUGGCAUGGUUAGGCUAAGCUGCGGCAAGGGUUGCCAUAGUAACUGACAAUGGUGCACGUUAAUCUGGCAGUCAUUUUGGCCUAUACCCACGCUGACCGACAGCGCUUGCUGUGUCGUCAUGCUGCCAGGACUUCUGUAACUAACGCUCCCAUGUCCUCCCUCUCUCCCACAGCGUACAUCUGUGCCCUGCAGAAGGAAGUACUCUACCACGGCAGGCUCUAUGUCACCAAACAUCACGCGUGCUUCCACUCCUCCGUGCUGCUCAAGGACACCAAGGUAAGUGACCCUUGACCCUGAAUGGGCGACCCUGACCCUUGAUUGUUUGUCUGUAUAAUAGUUUUUUACAUGGCAUAGCAGUAGGCUGUUCUGUAUGGAAAAUGGACUAGGCUUUUCAGUUAAACAACAUUGUUUUGAAGUUUGUCCUAUUUGUAAAUGGACAGUUUGGCAGUCCUAUUACUAGCUAAUGGAGAAAUGUAUACAUAUCCCCCAGCUUUCUUACCCAAUGACGUGUUCAUGUUUAACACAGUUUUAUUUAUAUACUGAACAAAAAUAUAAACACAACAUGGAACAAUUUCAAAGAUUUUACUGAGUUACAGUUCAUAUAAGGAAAUCCGUCAAUUUAAAUAAAUAUAUUAGGCCCUAACCUAUGGAUUUCACAUGACUGGGAAUACAGAUAUGCAUCUGUUUGCCAGAUACCUUAAGAACAAUGGGCCUCAGGAUCUCCUCACGAUAUUUCUGUGCAUUCAAAUGGCCGUUGAUAAAAUGCAAUUGUUCUUUUUUUCAUGAAAUAAAAGCCCAAAAGGCAUUUGACUUAGUGCGUUGUGCCGGUUACUGUAUCAAGUGAUGGUCUGUUGCUCCUCUGUCGGUUUCUACAGUUGGUGAUCCCUGUGACCAGCGUGCAAAUUCUGAAGAAGCAGAACACUGCCCUACUGUUGCCCAACGCCCUGUCUAUCCGCACCGAGGGAGAAAAGGUCAGAGGUCACUUCCUCAGCUGUCCCAUUGGCACAGUGCAUAGUCCACCAUUAGACUCUGCCACCUUAAUCUGAUGAUUAGAUCUAUACUGGUGGUUUUAAUAUCAAUCUUUAAUAGAGGGCUGUCUAAGUCAUCAGACAAGUUACGUAACACACAUUGACCUCUGAUGGAUGACAUGUAAGAUUUUAAUCUGAUUAAUGACUGGCUUAUUUAACAUAAUGUUCAUUUUGAAGGUGAAUGGUUGCAUCCUUGCAUGUUCCAGGGCAUACAAGGGCAUCCAGGCUAAAAUGUCUCUCUCCUGUGUGUUUUCAGUACCUGUUUGUGUCUUUGCGGAACCGAGAGGCGUGUUACAAGCUCCUGCGGUCCGUGUGUCCUCAACUGAAGGAUGGAAGUGCUAACAGCAGCCCUGUAUUCUCCUCUGCUGAGAAUAGUUUUGAUCAGGACAAGCUGGUGGUAAGUUAUAAUCUUCAAGUUCAUAAAGAUGUCAUUUUAUAAAGUUUAAAGUCAGCCUAAUGGAUUUACCUGAACGACAGUACUGCAGAUACUACAGAGGUCCUUCGUAACUCACCGAUACUUCCUCAUAUUCCACUGUAGCUGUUUUGGGCUCUGUUUUUGAAGCUGGUUUUAACCCACUGUCUCUCACCAUGUCCCUCUCUCAUAGAACUCCAGUCAGUCCAGUCUAGAGGACAGUUUUGACCAGCUGGAUGGGUCAGACCCCAAGCUCUUUCUUGACUCACCCACACCAAAUAAAGGUGAGUAAGCCUAACUGGAAGACCAGAGUGGUAUUUUACGAAGCAGGUUUGAGGAGAUAUUUAUUUGUAUAUAUAGAUAACUUUGGUCAGCUCUGAGUUCAACUCGGUAUAACAGGUCAUACGAAAGUGGGUCACGUUUUAACCAGGUACAUUUCUAUGGCAAAGAAUCCCUCAGCACUAACCUGCUCCGGGGCGGGCGAACUCCAUUUACCCUGAAUGAAGUGUCUGAGCCACGAGUUGAGGACCAAUGAAAUCAGAUUCCCUCCCUCUCGCAAUUUUGUAUGACUUAAUACAAUAUAAUAUUUUGUCGAUAGGAGUGGGGGAAAAGGUGCUUGUUGUUGUACGUUGAUAAACACACAAGUCGGCAUUAACCAUAAGUAAUAAAAUAAAGACUGCACUUCUAAAAGCCUUUUUCACACAAUAGCCUGCUGAAACGGCAAUAACUUUUCUUUCAUUUUGAUUUCGGCACAAAUUAAAAUGUGACACUGACUCGCCCAUGGAUUGAUGUUUCAGCAUUGUCUCAAUGAGGAGUUGUGUGACAUGCGUGCACAGUUACAAGCCUGCUAGAUUUAGUGGCAGGCGGAUGAGGAAUAUCCACCGUCGUAGUACAGAUGAAGCCUGAGCUGGAAUGUGAAGCUAACUGAAGCUGGUUAGCUUUAGAAAAUCCUGAGUAGAUCUGGCUUGCUUCGUAGGAUACCCCUGUGGCCAGUAAUGGCCUGUUUCCCUUGAGCAUGCUUUUUAGUCUAGGACUAGGUUUAAUGUUACGCACAAUGUUCAACCUCUCCUACAGGUCCUAAUGUGUAGACUGAUAAAGUUUUAGUUGGCUACAUGUGAGCGUUAUCUGUUGUGUACAUACCUGACCUCCAUAUGCAAAGUCCAAGGUUAUGUUUUUUUCUCCCCUUUCCUCUUCAGACCUUGUGCCUCAAGAGAGCAGAUCCACCCUUAGGAGCAUAAACGCACAGCAGAGAGACGGCUCCUCAGAGGACCUCUCAGGUAAACACACACACAACGUAGGCCUAUGUUUCCAGCUGGCUCCUUUUCUCAUGCAAACAGAAAUACACGUGACUUUACAAAAGCUUUCACGCAGCGAGCCACUGACAAGCCAGUUAUUUCAGUUAGUCGUGUGUGUGUGUGCCAAAGUGGGAUUUAUUUUAUUUGGCGAUUUAAAAAAUACAAAUAAAUGCAUACAAAGCCGUCCUGGCUAGAGAUGACAUACAGGUGCUAACCAAGUGUUCCGUCUCUCCCGGGUCAGGUGGCUCGUGGGUGUGGAGUGUGGUGGAAAAAGCCAGCUCCCUUCUCAUCCAGAGAGACGCCGGCAGCCUCAACACUCUCCUCUUCAUAUACCUAAUACUGUAAGUGACCUCUAAAUAACCUUUAACCUGUAAGUGACCUCUAACAUCUUUACUAUACACGUAGUCUAUUCUGUGUUUGUUCAGUUCAAUCAAUCAAUCAAUCAAUCAAUCAAUUUUAUUUUAUAUAGCCCUUCUUACAUCAGCUAAUAUCUCGAAGUGCUGUACAGAAACCCAGCCUAAAACCCCAAACAGCUAGUAAUGCAGGUGUAGAAGCACGGUGGCUAGGAAAAACUCCCUAGAAAGGCGAAAACCUAGAGAGGAACCAGGCUAUGAGGGGUGGCCAGUCCUCUUCUGGCUGUGCCGGGUGGAGAUUAUAACAGAACCAUGCCAAGAUGUUCAAAAAUGUUCAUAAGUGACAAGCAUGGUCAAAUAAUAAUCAGGAAUAAAUCUCAGUUGGCUUUUCAUAGCCGAUCAUUAAGAGUUGAAAACAGCAGGUCUGGGACAGGUAGGGGUUCCAUAACCGCAGGCAGAACAGUUUAAACUGGAAUAGCAGCAAGGCCAGGCGGACUGGGGACAGCAAGGAGUCACCACGGCCGGUAGUCCCGACGUAUGGUCCUAGGGCUCAGGUCUCUCAGUUGGCUUUUCAUAGCCGAUCAUUAAGAGUUGAAAACAGCAGGUCUGGGACAGGUAGGGGUUUCGUAGCCGCAGGCAGAACAGUUGAAACUGGAAUAGCAGCAAGGCCAGGCGGACUGGGGACAGCAAGGUGUCAUCAUGCCCGGUAGUCCUGACGUAUGGUCCUAGGGCUCAGGUUCUCAGAGAGAAAGAGAGAACGAGAGAAUUAGAGAGAGCAUACUUAAAUUCACACAGGACACUGGAUAAGACAGGAGAAGUACUCCAGGUAUAACCAACUAACCAACUAACCCCAGCCCCCCGACACAUAAACUACUGCAGCAUAAAUACUGGAGGCUGAGACAGGAGCGGUCCGGAGACACUGUGGCCCCAUCCGAAGAAACCCCCGGACAGGGCCAAACAGGAAGGAUAUAACCCCACCCACUCCGCCAAAGCACAGCCCCCGCACCACUAGAGGGAUAUCCCCAACCACCAACUUACAAUCCUGAGACAAGGCCGAGUAUAGCCCACAGAGGUCUCCACCACAGCACAAACCAAGGGGGGGGCGCCAACCCAGACAGGAAGAUCACGUCAGUAACUCAACCCACUCAAGUGACGCACCCCUCCCAGGGACGGCAUGAAAGAGCACCAGCAAGCCAGUGACUCAGCCCCUGCAACAGGGUUAGAGGCAGAGAACCCCAGUGGAGAGGGGAACCGGCCUGGCAGAGACAGCAAGGGCUGUUCGUUGCUCCAGCCUUUCCGUUCACCUUCACACUCCUGGGCCAGACUACACUCAAUCAUAUGACCUACUGAAGAGAUAAGUCUUCAGUAAAGACUUAAAGGUUGAGACUGAGUCUGCGUCUCUCACAUGGGUAGGCAGACUGUUCCAUAAAAAUGGAGAUCUAUAGGAGAAAGCCCUGCCUCCCGCUGUUUGCUUAGAAAUUCUAGGGACAAUUAGGAGGCCUGCGUCUUGUGACCGUAGCGUACGUAUUGGUAUGUACGGCAGGACCAACUCGGAAAGAUAGGUAGGAGCAAGCCCAUGUAACGCUUUAUAGGUUAACAGUAAAACCUUGAAAUCAGCCCUUGCCUUAACAGGAAGCCAGUGUAGGGAAGCUAGCACUGGAGUAAUAUGAUCAAAUUUCUUGGUUCUAGUCAGGAUUCUAGCAGCCGUAUUUAGCACUAACUGAAGUUUAUUUAGUGCUUUAUCCGGGUAGCCGGAAAAUAGAGCAUUGCAGUAGUCUAACCUAGAAGUAACAAAUGCAUGGAUUAAUUUUUCUGCAUCAUUUUUGGACAGAAAAUUUCUGAUUUUUGCAAUGUUACGUAGAUGGAAAAAAGCUGUCCUUGAAACAGUCUUGAUAUGUUCGUCAAAAGAGAGAUCAGGGUCAAGAGUAACGCCUAGGUCCUUCACAGUUUUAUUUGAGACGACUUUACAACCAUCAAGAUUAAUUGUCAGAUUUAACAGAAGAUCUCUUUGUUUCUUGGGACCUAGAACAAGCAUCUCUGUUUUGUCCGAGUUUAAAAGUAAAACGUUUUCAGCCAUCCACUUCCUUAUGUCUGAAACACAGGCUUCUAGCGAGGGCAAUUUUGGGGCUUCACCAUGCUUCAUUGAAAUGUACAGCUGUGUGUCAUCCGCAUAGCAGUGAAAGUUAACAUUAUGUUUUCGAAUAACAUCCCCAAGAGGUAAAAUAUAUAGUGAAAACAAUAGUGGUCCUAAAACGGAACCUUGAGGAACACCGAAAUGUCCCAGUUGAAUGGCAUUCGUGGGUGUAUAAACUUGAGGGCCUCUCGUUUCACAGAACACGUUUCUAGGCAUAUACUCUGCAGGCAUGGUAACCAAUAUGUUCCUAACAGCAUUUGCAUACAUGUGCUUAGUGACGUGAUAAAAUGACGACAUGAGGGAAAGCUAUGCCACUGGUUAAAGAUGCACUAUGUGGAAAUCACUCCGCCAUUUCCUAAUUGCUAAAAUCCUAAUAGUUCCCCUCAUUUCAGUUUGUGACAAAACAAGCAAGUAUAGUGUAGAGAAUCAUUGUACCAUCUAAACCGCUGUGAAAUAUAUUUUCCAUAACCAUAGAUAUUGUAUUUUCAGCUGUUUUAUAAGCUGGUGUACACAACCGAAAGUAAAAGAUGCAAAAAUGAAACUUAAAAAAAAGGGGAAGCAUAGAAAUAGUGCAUAUAGAACAGAUCUACCGCUUCUUAGACUGGCUUUCAAUGAGAAUGACAGAACUAUAACUCACAUUUCUGCGAAUUGUCGGGUCGCCCCAAAAAGUUAGAUAUUGCAGCUUUGCGUAACGGUUCUGACCUGUUUGAGUACAGAAGGCCCUGCAGCGUCAUAUCUAGAUGAUCUAGGACUACCUGCUGUGUUUAACCAUUGGAAUGUGCUCUUUGAAGUCUAUAUAUGACAUUUAGCAGACGCUCUUAUCCAAAGCGACUUAGUCAUGCGUGCAUACAUUUUACAUAAGGGUGGUCCCGGGAAUCGACACACGUACUACCCUAGCGUUACAAGUGCCAUGCUCUACCAACUGAGCUACAAAGGACCACGCGAUGACAUUUUAGAUUUAGAGGAAACUAAUUUUGCAUGACCUAUGUCUACUUUGAAUGAUGUGAAAUGAAGCUGUGUGAGAAGUGUAUUGGGGAGCGUGACUUUAACAUUCUGUGUGGGUGUGUUUUAGGGUGGUACUGCUGCUGCUGUCGUCGGGGUACAUCGGCCUCCGCAUCGUGGCUCUGGAGGAACAGCUGACCUCUCUGGGCGCCCUCCCUGAAUUCUCCUCACAGAGUGGGUAAGACGACCCCACCCAACCACACAGCAACCAUACCACAACCUCCCACAUAACACAACCACACCACAACCUCCACAUACCACAACCACAAUACAAUCACUGUACAACAAGCAACCUUUUAUAUAUGAAUGUAAGCAUAACUAUUUUCAUUGCCUGGCGCCAGAUUCUGAUCGGCUUUAGCCAACUCCUCUGAAUAUCUUUGAUCGCUAUACAAUGCAUGGUAGGACCUGGUCAGCGGAGUUGGCUCAAGCAGAUGGAGAUCUUAGACCAGGCUGCUGCUCAAUGGAAGAUAUGCCGUAUCUCUGUGCUGUGGUUAUACACAGGUGUGAUUUCAGACAACUCUUGAAUGAGACUUUUGAUUACCUAAGAUAUCUUAUCUGCUCUUUUGUGGUUGUGCAAGUUGCCUCUCCCUCCCUUUCAGAGCUCUGACUCUCAAAUUCCCAUAAGAGAUGGAGCUCAGCUGAUGGAAAGCCAAAUUAUUUUGUAUCGCAAAGAGGCGUAUUGUGUUUUCAGGCCUUAAGUUUUUUAAAUAAUUAUACUCAACUGCCUUCUUUCUUAGGUACAAGGACACAUAACCCUGAUUGGCCAGAGGAGAUGUUGGAGGACGUGACAAUAUGGUGCCAGUUGAAGAUCUACCAAUGAAAAAAGAGAACUGGAGCUCUCGUGUUGAAGAUAUACUGUCCUCAUCCCAGAAGAACUUGAAGGAAGAACUAGGAGACAUUUUGACAGUGUUCUAGUGCUGGUCCGUCACUUCCUUGCAUAUAGGAGUUGUAGAAGCACCUCCCUGUAUGAUCUCAGACAGACGGGUAUCUCAAAGGGCUAUAUUUAAGAGCGCUAGACCCAGGCCAGCCACGACUCGCAGCAAGCGGCACCAAGCCAACACACACACACACACACACAAACACAAAUG